UUCUUCUCUCACGCCUCCUCUGCCGUUCUCUCAUUCUCUUCGAUAAAUUUUUCUCCCCCCAUCUUUUAUAUCUUCUUCUUUUUUUCCCCUUCUUUUACCUAAUUGCUUCCCAAAUGUCUCUUUAGAUUGCUUGGGACUUAGCCCAAACCCUGGUUUGUAACCUAGGAAUGGAUUUAUGGACAGAUGACUUUAAAUGGUUUGUUUGGUUUCUCAUUCGAAGUGCUAUCUAUGGAUAUAUUUUGUAUCAUGCAUUCUGCUUCCUUAGAAGAAAAGUUCCAGGAGUUCUUGGUUAUGGACCUAUACGUAAAUAUCCAAACAUGAGAAAACUGCGGAGAGUGAAAGGCUAUUUUAAUUAUAGGUGGAGGAGGAUCAAACGCAAGAAAAAGGCUGGCAUUGAUCCUAUAAGAACUGCUUUUGAUGGAAUGAAGGAACUUAAAGAUUGCAUCAAGGGAUUGCUGUAUUUGGUGGGAGUGGUAGAACAUCGAAUCCAGGUUUUCAGAACAGAUGGAUACGGAUAGAGAGAGACACAGAGCCAGAGAAAUAGGUUUUCUAUUUUAACUCAAUAUUUUUAGUUUUUGUUAGGAUGAAUGCAUGGAUUACAACCCCCAAAUAAAUAAAGCAUGCCAAAACAAAGAAAGGGUUAAAUUUCGAUUUGGGUUUUGAUUCCAGAAACCCUAUGCUAACAUCAUUUGUUUUGUCCAUUAUCUUAGCAGCCAAUAUCAUCUGUUUCAUCAUGCAUAAAAGUUCAGGCAACAAAACUCAUCUUAUGAAAAAAAAAAGAUAAACUCACCGGUGGUGGAGAAGAGGAACAAAGCACCAGCAGAGGAACAAAGAACCAGCACCAGCACCAGCAGAAGAACAAAGAACCAGCACCAGCAGAGGAUCAAAGGAGCAGCAGAGGAACAAAGAACCAGCGAGAGAAGAGAUGAGAGCAAAGAAGUAAAAGACCAGCUAAGAAGCAGCAGUAGUUUGUGUGUGGGGCUAAAAAAGUAAAGGACCAGUUAAGAAGCACUUUUUGGCCGGAAAAGCAGAAAUUUUCUGCUUUUUCAUCUGCCCAAAAGUACUUCAGAAAAGCUAGUGUACUGGCCCCAAAUGAAAUAUGUUCUCUGUUACUUUUCACCCAAAAACACUUUUGGGUGUAAAAGUGCUUUUCAACCGGAUUAAAGAACCCUUAAUCUCACACUAAACUAGAUUUCUCUGCCUCCAGUAAAACAUUUAUAAAACUCCUCUAAUCCAAUAUAAUGACUUUUAAGGAAUUAA